UCAGUUCAGUUGCGUCUCAGUAGGUUUUGUUCAGACUGCAGAAUCUUCAUCUUCAAAUCUAUGGACUGUGUGAACAAACUGAUGGAGACGAACAUCUUGAUGUAUAACACACCUGGGUGCACGUUACGGUUCGGGUGAAGAAGCGGCCGAAGAAAUGGAAUAAAUUUCACCACAAUUACACGAUUAAUUGAAAAUUGCCAACUUCCUGUUGGGUUUCAGCCAUGGCGCCAAGAGACUAUUCUUUAAGUUGCGACAUGAUACAGGACGCAGUUUCCUGAUACAGUGCUGCCAAACCUCCUGCAGAGGGCAGUAUUGGUCGACUGGUUUUGAUGAAGGCAGGAAGUGUGUGAAGGCAGCAGCAUGUGGAAGUGGUGGUGGACGAGGAAGGACGAGACAGUUCCUCCGGAACAGAGGAGAGCACGAGGAGCUCAGAGCAGUCAGCUUCAAACACAUGACGAUGUGACGUCUGAGGACCAGGAUGAAUCCAGGGAAGGGACGAUCUCCAGGAAUGACAGCUAUACUGUAAAAAGGUGGUUGAAGGCCACUUUGAAGAAUUUGGACUCCAGUGGGCUGAAGGACUUCAAGUGGUACCUAAAUAAUGCAGAUGAAUCAAAGGAUGGUUUCAAACCGAUCGAACUGUAUUAUCUGGAAAAGGCGGACCCGUUGGACACAGGAAACCUGAUGGUGCAGCGGUACUCCUCAAAGACCAGAGAGGUGGCCGAGACGAUUUUAAAGAUGAUGAAAAGAGAUAAAGAAAAACCUCCAGUCUCUCCAGCUGGUGCAACAGGUACUUUUGCUGAAGUUUGUAAAAAGCGGCUGAAGUCUAAGCUGCAGAAGAAGUACCAGUGUGUGUCUGAGGGGAUUGCUAAAGCAGGAAACCCAACCCUUCUGGAGCAGAUCUACACGGAGCUCUACAUCACAGAGGGAGGGACUGGAGAGGUGAACGAUGAACAUGAAGUCAGACAGAUUGAAGCAGCUUCCAGGAAACCAGACAGAGCAGAAACAGCCAUCAGACAGGAGAACAUCUUUAAAACCCCACCUGGAAGAGAUGAACAAAUCAGAACGGUGAUGACGAAGGGAGUGGCCGGCAUCGGGAAAACAGUCCUAACACAGAAGUUCAGUCUGGACUGGGCUGAAGGCAGAACCAACCAGGACAUCCAGUUCCUGCUUCCAUUCACCUUCAGACAGCUGAAUAGGCUGAAAGAGAGAAAGUUCAGCUUGGUGGAACUAAUUCAUCGAUUCUUCACUGAAACCAAAGGAAUCUGCAACUUUGAAGAGUUCCAGGUCGUGUUCAUCUUUGACGGUCUGGAUGAGAGUCGACCUCCUCUGGACUUCCACAACAAUGAGGACCUGACUGAUGUUACAGAGUCCACCUCAGUGGAUGUGCUGCUGACAAACCUCAUCAGGGGGGACCUGCUUCCUUCUGCUCGUCUCUGGAUCACCACACGACCCGCAGCAGCCAAUCAGAUCCCUCCUGAGUGUGUCUCCAUGGUGACGGAGGUCAGAGGGUUCACUGACCCACAGAAGGAGGAAUACUUCAGGAAGAGGUUCAGAGGAGAGGAGCAGACCAGGAUCAUCUCCCACAUCAAGAAAUCACGGAGCCUCCACAUCAUGUGCCACAUCCCCGUCUUCUGCUGGAUCACUGCUUCGGUCCUGGGGAAAGUCCUGGAAACCAGAGAGGGAGGGCGGCUGCCCAAGACCCUGACUGAGAUGUACAUCCGCUUCCUGGUGGUCCAGGCCAAACUGAAGAAGGUCAAGUUUGACGGAAGAGCUGGGACGGAUCCACACUGGAGUGAAGAUACCAGGAACAUGGUGGAGUCUCUGGGAAAACUGGCUUUUGAGCAGCUGCAGAAAGGAAACCUGAUCUUCUAUGAAUCAGACCUGAGAGAGUGUGGCAUCGAUGUCAGAGAGGCUUCAGUGUACUCAGGAGUGUUCACCCAGAUCUUUAGAGAGGAGAGCCUGGACCAGGACCAGGUCUUCUGCUUCAUCCAUCUGAGUGUCCAGGAGUUUCUGGCUGCUCUUCAUGUCCAUCAGACCUUCAUCAAGUCUGGAGUCAACCUGCUGGAGGAAAAAAAGAACAUCUUCUGGUGGUUUAAGACUGACCUCUACCAGAGUGCUGUGGACAAGGCCUUACAGAGUCCCAACGGACACCUGGACUUGUUCCUGCGCUUCCUCCUGGGUCUUUCAUUGGAGACCAAUCAGAACCUCCUACGAGGUCUGCUGGAACCAAAACAAAGAAGUUCACAGAACAAUCAGAACCUCCUACGAGGUCUGUUGGAACCAAAACAAAGAAGUUCACAGAACAAUCAGGAAACAGUUAAAUACAUCAAGAAGAAGAUCAGUAAGGAUCUGUCUGCAGAGAGAAGCAUCAACCUGUUCCACUGUCUAAAUGAACUGAACGAUCAGUCUCUGGUGGAGGAGGUCCAACGGUACCUGGGGUCAGGAAGUCUCUCCACAGAUAAACUGUCUCCUGCUCAGUGGUCGGCUCUGGUCUUCAUCUUACUGUCAUCAGAAGAAGAUCUGGAGGAGUUUAACCUGACGAAGUUCUCAGCUUCAGAGGAGACUCUACGGAGGCUGCUGCCGGUGGUCAAAGCCUCCAAGAAAGCUGUGUUGAGGGGCUGUAACCUCUCAGGGAACAUCUGUCCACUUCUGUCCUCAGUUCUCAGCUCUCAGUCCUCCAGUCUGACAGAACUGGACCUGAGCAACAACGACCUGCAGGAUUCUGGACUGGAGCAGCUGUGUCCUGGACUGGAGAGUCCACACUGUCACCUGGAGUCUCUCAGGUUGGUGGACUGCGGUCUGUCAGAGAUCAGCUGUUCUUCUCUGGGCCCAGCUCUGAAGUCCAACCCCUCCCAUCUGAAACUUCUGGACCUGAGCAGGAACAAGAACCUGCAGGAUUCAGGAGUGAAACAUCUGAGUGGAUUUCUGGAGAGUCCAGACUGCAGACUGGAGAAACUGGAGUUGGGGAGCUGCAGUUUGUCAGAGAUCAGCUGUUCUUCUCUGGGCCCAGCUCUGAAGUCCAACCCCUCCCAUCUGAAACUUCUGCACCUGGGUUACAACAAGAACCUGCAGGAUUCAGGAGUGAAACAUCUGAGUGGAUUUCUGGAGAGUCCAGACUGCAGACUGGAGACUCUGAGGUUGAUGUACUGCUGUCUGUCAGAGAUCAGCUGUUCUUCUCUGGGCCCAGCUCUGAAGUCCAACCCCUCCCAUCUGAAACUUCUGGACCUGAGUAACAACGACCUGCAGGAUUCAGGAGUGAAACAUCUGAGUGGAUUUCUGGAGAGUCCAGACUGCAGACUGGAGACUCUGGGGUUGGUGCUCUGCGGUCUGUCAGAGAUCAGCUGUUCUUCUCUGGUCUCAGCUCUGAAGUCCAACCCCUCCCAUCUGAAACAUCUGCACCUGAGCAGGAACAUCCUGCAGGAUUCAGGAGUGAAACAUCUGAGGGGAUUUCUGGAGAGUCCAGACUGCAGACUGGAGACUCUGAGGUUGGAGAGGUGCAGGUUGUCAGAGAUCAGCUGUUCUUCUCUGGGCCCAGCUCUGAAGUCCAACCCCUCCCACCUGAAACAUCUGGACCUGAGCAGGAACGAGAACCUGCAGGAUUCAGGAGUGAAACAUCUGAGUGGAUUUCUGGAGAGUCCAGACUGCAGACUGGAGUAUCUGAGGUUGAGGAACUGCAGGUUGUCAGAGAUCAGCUGUUCUUCUCUGGUCUCAGCUCUGAAGUCCAACCCCUCCCAUCUGAAACUUCUGGACCUGAGUCAGAACCAGAACCUGCAGGAUUCAGGAGUGAAACAUCUGAGUGGAUUUCUGGAGAGUCCAGACUGCAGACUGGAGUAUCUGGGGUUGUUCUACUGCGGUCUGUCAGAGAUCAGCUGUUCUUCUCUGGGCCCAGCUCUGAAGUCCAACCCCUCCCAUCUGAAACUUCUGCACCUGAGUAACAACAACCUGCAGGAUUCAGGAGUGAAACAUCUGAGUGGAUUUCUGGAGAGUCCAGACUGCAGACUGGAGGAUCUGGGGUUGAGGGAAUGCGGCCUGUCAGAGAUCAGCUGUUCUUCUCUGGGCCCAGCUCUGAAGUCCAACCCCUCCCAUCUGAAACAUCUGGACCUGAGUUACAACCAGAACCUGCAGGAUUCAGGAGUGAAACAUCUGAGUGGAUUUCUGGAGAGUCCAGACUGCAGACUGGAGACUCUGAGGUUGGAGGGCUGCAGUCUGUCAGAGAUCAGCUGUUCUUCUCUGGGCCCAGCUCUGAAGUCCAACCCCUCCCAUCUGAAACUUCUGGACCUGAGUAACAACAAGAACCUGCAGGAUUCAGGAGUGAAACAUCUGAGUGGAUUUCUGGAGAGUCCAGACUGCAGACUGGAGUAUCUGAGGUUGGAGGAAUGCAGUCUGUCAGGGAUCAGCUGUUCUUCUCUGGUCUCAGCUCUGAAGUCCAACCCCUCCCAUCUGAAACUUCUGGACCUGGGUGGGAACAACCUGCAGGAUUCAGGAGUGAAACAUCUGAGUGGAUUUCUGCAGAGUCCAGACUGCAGACUGGAGACUCUGAGAUUGAGGAGCUGCAGGUUGUCAGAGAUCAGCUGUUCUUCUCUGGUCUCAGCUCUGAAGUCCAACCCCUCCCAUCUGAAACAUCUGUACCUGAGUCUGAACAACCUGCAGGCUGCAGAUGUGAAGCAGCUUUCUGAUCUGGUGAAGAGUCCAGACUACAACCUGCAGUAUAUCGGCUGGAAGGGAUGAUGAGAGUGUCCAGGAAGGACGAGUCGUGUCCUGAUCGUCCUCAGAGUUGAAGCAGAACCAGUUUGUGUGGACAGACUCUGACUGGACCGUGAUGAAGAUGAAGUUGGUGAUGAAGAUGAUGAAGAUGUACAUAGUUUCAGAUCAGUUUGUUUCUGAUUUCCAUCGUUUUACAAACUUCUCAGAUAUGCAUGUAUUUCAGUAGCAGCCGGUGUAUUUUUCUCCAGGGGGUUUAUACCAAACUCCAAAAUAGACAUAUACCAAAAAGCAGGAAAUGAUUUACUAAGGUAUCACUUCUGUAUUUGAAUAAAUUAAAUCAACAUUAUAAAUAUAUGCAGUGUUUUAUUUCUUGUACAUACAUUUUCUGUGAACUUUUUAUGACAAGUUUAUUCUCCAUAGAGAGCAGGGCCGAUGCAUUAAGACGAUGCUGUGCCGUUAAGUUCCUGAGGAAGGUCUUGAUUCUCUUCAGAAGCCUCUCAGAUAAGCAGAGAUUAUUUUCCUGAAGUUUCCUGAAGAUUACUCCCCAUGAAGAGCUGCUACAGAGCGAUAGUCUCUGAGAAGUUUCCUGAAGAUUAUUCCCCAUGAAGAGCUGCUACAGAGCCACAGUCUCUGGGAAGUUUCCUGAAGAUUAUUCCCCAUGAAGAGCUGCUACAGAGCCACAGUCUCUGAGAAGUUUCCUGAAGAUUAUUCCCCAUGAAGAGCUGCUACAGAGCCAAAGUCUCUGAGAAGUUUCCUGAAGAUUAUUCCCAUGAAGAGCUGCUACAGAGCCACAGUCUCUGAGAAGUUAGAGCCAUAUAUGAACAAAGUUAUUAUAUCAUUUAGAUUUUCUAAUAUUUGAUUUAACUGUAUGUUGAGUAAUACGCAGUUUUUAAUAUCAGUGCGCAAGGUGCUUAAUAUUAAUAACUGCAGCUUUCUCAUUGGUUACGUAUAAAUCACGUGAUGUUCGUGUAUUUUGUUUUGUGAAACUAUGGAACCGAGGGAGCACACUAGUUUUGACCGUGCUUGCAUGAGAAUAUUAUUUUGUCGUAUUAUAGCACAGUUUUUUUUUGUAAUUGAAUGAAAGGUUUUUCAGUAAACUUUUGAAAUAAGAACA